AUGGCUUCAGCAUCAUCCAAUGAUUAUAAUGAUAAAACAAAAUCAACUAAUAAUAAUAUUCGAUCAGGUUUUCUUGGUAAAACUGGCACUGAUGAAGCACCAUUAGAUAAAACAUAUUAUAAUAUUCUUAAUGUGUCACCAAAUGCACAGGCAAAUGAAAUUAAACGAGCUUAUUAUACACUUUCACUUCAAUAUCAUCCAGAUCGUACACAAAAUCUUGAUGAUUUUACAAGACGUGAAUAUGCUGAACGAUUUAAACAUAUAUCUCAAGCGUAUUCUAUUCUCAGUGAUCCAGAAAAACGAACGCUCUAUAAUAGAUAUGGCAAAGAUGAACGUCUUGUAUCACAAGGUUCCGAUGGAAUAUCAUUGGAAAAUUUUAAUGCUGAAGAAUUUUUUCGUUAUAUGUUUGGUGGUGAAGAAUUUAUGGAUAUCAUUGGUGAUUUUGAAUUAGCUAAAUCAUUUAAUCGUGCUAUUAGUGAAUUAUUAAAUGAGAAUGAACAAACAAAUGAUGAACAAAAUGGACGCUUCGCUUAUGCUGAAGAACGGGCAAAAGCUCAUGAAGAACGUAUUAAAAAAUUAUCAGCUAAUCUAAUUUUGAAAUUAUCUAUUUAUACUGAUAUAUUUCUAACUGAUAAUAAUGAUAUUCAAUCAACACAAGCUUUAAAUAAAUUUAUUGAAAAUAUUCAUUCCGAUAUUCCUGUAUUAUUACAAGCACCAUAUGGUGAACAUUUAUUACAUUCUAUUGGUUAUGUUUAUUCAACAAAAGCACGUUUUUGGUUAAGUAAAAUGGAUUCUCAAGAAGGUCAUUUAGGUAAACGUAUAGUAGGCUAUGGCAAACAUGUACAAACAGUAUGGAAAGAUCGUGUACAUGUUAUUAAAGAAACUGUUAAGACAGUUAAAUGUGCUGUUCAAUGGGGACAAUCAAUGUCAAAAUUAGCUAAUAUUACUGAUGAAGAAUCCAAUGAUUCUCAAUAUCCAUUUCAACAUCAUUCAGGCCAUUUAGAAUAUAGUGGAUUUACUCAACCGGAAUCAACUGUUUCAGCUUCAUCAGCAAAUUCGAAUGCGAAUGCAACGUUACCGGUGAAACAUAAGCAAAAAAAUAAAUCAUCAACAAAAUCAAUGGUACCAUUAACAGAUGAAGAAAAGCAUAAACUUGAAAUUGAUACAGCUACGAAAUCAAUGGAAGCACUUUGGCGUGCAACAAAACUUGAAAUUGAAUGUAUUCAACGUGAUGUUUGUGAUCGAGUACUUAAUGAUUUAUCAUGUUCUCGUGAAAUUCGACGAGGUCGAUGUAAAGCUCUUUCAAAAAUGGGUGAAUUAUGGCAACAAGCAUUAUUAUCGAAUGUAUCAUAA